AUGCGUGGCAAUAAAGAGACAACAAUGGCACCUCAGUAUUCAGAUGCCACUGUGCAGCAGAAGAAGGAAAUCAACAAGGCAAAACAAUCGUCAAAGCAUACCUCUCACUUUUGGGAUGGUGACGAGGAUAUGAAUGGCGCGCCAGCCCCAGCCCCGGCAUCAUCUUUCCAGGCGUUUGUCAAGUUCGACGAGCUAGCGAAUAAGUUGCGUGAGGAGCUAUCGGCCCCUUUUGAACGGUUCGACAAAAUCGUUCAAGAACUCCAAAAAGAUCUUGGGAUCACCUCCAAAACAGCUAUGCCUUCCUCCUCAGACUGUCAAGCUGUUUCAGCGUCUAAAGAAACAACUGUCCCUGUCCCCUCAUUCCCAAGAAAAAACUUGAAGCAAGAGGCGCCGGCUAUGGCUCGCCAGACGCCCGUGCCGUUCCCGACAAUUCCAGGCAUCGACUUAGGUAACAACCUUCCCCAGCAUCGUGAAGUCCACUCGCUACUCUAUCCUCCUCUUCCCUCCCACGGCCCUGUUCCAGGCCAUAAACCUGGUUUACCUCACACCGAUUCCAAACCCAUCCAUUCCAACCCAUCAUCACCUCGCCACCGCGCGCGCACCCGAACCGAACAAGCCAUCAAGGCAACGAGCAGAACUAAAACCUCCCCCUUUUUUAGCACAAGUCCACCACCGUCACAAGAGCUUGUCCAAGAAAGACAAGAAGUCCAGCAACAAGAAACACCGCUCAUCAACCGCCCCCCAACUCCAAACCGGCCCCUCCGAAAACCGCCUCCCGGCGUGGUAUCCAGCCUCCCAAUCCCACCGUUGGGCGCCUCAAAGUUUGGUCUCAUUCAGGAAGAGCUAGCACACUCCCCUUUUCACCUGUUGGUCGCCGUGACUUUUUUGAUCAAAACCGCUGGGAGGAUCGCCAUCCCCGUGUUUUGGGAGUUGGUCAGACGGUUUCCGACGCCGGAAGAGUUGGCAAAGGAGGAGAAUAAGAAUGAGGUGGUGGAGUUGAUCAAGCCGCUGGGGUUGUCGGAGCACAGGUAUGCCAUCAUACAAAAGUAUGCAAGGGGGUUUGUGGAGAACCCGCCGGUGAGGGAGAGAAGGUAUGGGGUGAGGAACUAUCCUUCGGUCGAGGAUGGUAGGAAUGUUACAGCUGGGGAGGUUUUUGGAGCCGAGGAUUUUGACAAUGGUAAUUUUAAUGGGGAUGGUGGAGGGGGGCUUGAUGUGAUGGAUAUGGUAAAGGAUAGAAGGGAACGGGCGAUAGGGCAGGCUUGGGAGAUUGGGCAUUUGACGCAGGGUGCGUAUACGUUGGACUCGUGGAGGAUAUUUUGUAGGGAUGAGCUACUCGGUCGGGCGGAGGAUUGGACUGGGAAGGGGGGACGAGGGGAAGGGUUCCAGCCGGAGUGGAUGAGAGUGCUACCCAAGGAUAAGGAGCUGAGAGCUUGUUUGAGAUGGAUGUGGUACGUUAUACUUUAUUCCUUCUCUUGUUUUCCUGUGUUGUUUGUGACCUGGGGGUUCUGUGUCACACACGGGAUGCGGGAAGGAUGGGAAUGGGACCCGGUAACGGGUGAUCGAGAGCCUCUUCGUGCGGAGUUGCGAAGAGCAGUGGACGAGGGCCGGGUUGGGUAUGAUGAUAAUGGGAGUCUGGUGAUACUGAACUCGGAAUCUUCAGCAGGAGCUAUGCAGCAGGCACCUUCAUGA